CCUUUGUUUAGCCACAGGGAAAACCAUCUUAUUAACAUUCAAGAGACUGGAUUUUUCCUCUGGGACUUGAGCCGUCUUUUCUAUGAACGGACAACGGCCUCAUUUUCAAUCGGGGAAGCCUUUAAAUGAAACUUGCUUGAAAUUGUAGAUCAUACGCAGAAGAGAGACCCCAGUCAGCAGUAAAGUGGAAAGGAAGGAUGUUGUCCUUAAACAACCUGCAGAAUGUCACCUAUAACCCGAUAAUCCCCUAUGUUGGGACCAUUCCUGAGCAGUUGGAACCUGGAACCUUGAUUGUCAUUCGUGGGCAUGUUCCUGGUGAUUCAGACAGGUUCCAGGUGGACUUACAGUGUGGCAGCAGUGUGAAGCCUCGAGCUGACGUGGUCUUUCACUUCAAUCCACGUUUCAAAAGGACCAACUGCAUUGUUUGCAAUACUCUGCAAAAAGAAAAAUGGGGGUGGGAAGAGAUCACCUAUGACAUGCCUUUCAAAAAAGAGAAAUCUUUUGAAAUUGUGAUUAUGGUGCUGAAAGACAAAUUCCAGGUGGCUGUAAAUGGAAAACAUGUACUGCUGUAUGCCCACAGGAUUAGCCCAGAGAAAAUAGACACUAUUGGCAUUUAUGGCAAAGUGAAUAUUCACUCCGUUGGUUUCAGCUUCAGCUCGGAUUUAAGAAGUACGCAAGCAUCUACUCUGGAACUGGCAGAGAUAAGUAGAGAAAAUGUACAAACUGCUGGCAUGUCACAAUUUACUCUGCCAUUCGUUGCGAGGUUGAACUCCUCCAUGGGCCCUGGACGGACUGUCGUCGUCAAAGGAGAAGUGAAUACAAAAGCCAAAGGCUUUAAUGUUGAUCUACUGUCAGGAAAGUCAAAGGAUAUUGCUCUCCACUUGAACCCACGCCUGAAUAGUAAAGCAUUUGUAAGAAAUUCUUUUCUUCAGGAUUCCUGGGGAGAAGAGGAGAGAAAUAUUACCUGUUUCCCAUUUAGUCCUGGGAUGUACUUUGAGAUGAUAAUUUAUUGUGACAUUAAAGAAUUCAAGGUUGCGGUAAAUGGUGUACACAGCCUGGAGUACAAACACAGAUUUAAAGAGCUUACCAGUAUCGACACACUGGAAAUUGAUGGAGAUAUCCACUUACUGGAAGUUAAUAUAAACUCACCAGGGACUUGGAAUUACUCAACUAUUAAAUCACCUGAAGAUACUAUAGAAGACUCGACUCCUGCCCCUGUGCCUAGGGUCUCAAGGAGCCUUCCGUCAUAUCCCCACAGCUGAGUUGUUGAUGCUGACGUCCACCUGGCAAUUUCCUUUAGCAUAAGAACCCAGCUCUACUAGCUAUGAACACUACCCCACUCUUUAUGAAAUCUGAACACAGCAACAAAAACAAAGCCAACAAAAACAAAUGGUGUUGCAAUGAACUUGAUGUCAAUCACACGACCCCUGUACCAGUAAGUGGUCAUUUUAGAAGAUGAAUUGAGGGUGAGGCAAAGGUCUGCACCGACCUCUACAGAGUUUAAGGUAGAAGCAAGAGGAAUUCGUUUGCAAAUGUUCAUGGGUAACAAAGCAAAGUCAGGAGUUGACUUAAUGAUUGUUUAUAAAAUAGGCCCUAUCAGAAAGUAAAGUAUACCAACCGACACCAAAGUAGAGACAACAUAAACACCUGUUGGUUGUCCGCAUGCAAAGCAACACUGCCUCUCUGCUUUCCUAAAGAUUAGUCCAUCAUCAUCAGACUGAGAUCAAACAUUGUUCUGCUUUAAGUGAUUAAAAUCAAACCUGUAUCAGCAAGUUAAAUUGUUGCAUUUCUGUAAUUUUUUGUUAUUCUUUGAAGCCAGUUGGCAGAAGUUCUUUGCAGAAUUCUUACAGGUCAGAUCUUGUUACAGAUUUCAAAAGACUUGGGAGAAGGGAGGUAAAAAGCUACACCAGUCAGAUCAUUUUAUUAUGUUAAAUUGCUGGGCUGGAUUCUGCCAGGAUUUAAGAGUAUUUUCAUAACAGAUGUUUGUUAUUUUUUGUAUCCGUAUACUGAAAAGAACUAUUACCAAUAUGUAUUUUUUAAAGUACUCAGUGUAGGAACUUCUAGCACUUCUUUCUCAGGUUUUCAUGUUAAUUUAUUGUGCUGGGGGUGGGGGGGGGGCAGUGUUAGGACAGUUGUAGGAGGCAGAAAGACUCUAGAAUCCCCCAGGGUUGUUUUUUCUUCCUAAAAGAUUGAUUGCAUGACUGAAAUUUCCCUCUAAAUCUUAAAAAAAGUUCAUUUUUGUUUUACAUAGAGAUUGUAAAACAACAGACUGAUUCUUUGAUAGAGUACAAAAUCUUAAGAUGUUUUUGAAAUGGAGCUGUUAGCAUUUCUGAUGAAAUCUUAUUGAAACAUUUCUUGAAGAGAAAUACACGUCUUUGAACUGCCA